AUGAAACCCCCAGAUGUCGCUCCGCGCGGGAGCGACAUGCAAUUGUCCGUGGUGUACAGUACAUGUGUUGUUGACAAUUACUAUAGCCUGCAUUGCGACCCCGAUGGGAGAUUCGUUCGACGAGCCCUGAUCACCACCAGACCCCCAAUGCCUAACUUCACUCGGGAUAGACGUCGUCGCUACUGCUGUGGGCUAUGCCCAAAGCGAUUCCAGACCAAAAAGCAGCUGAUGUCCCAUGUCUGGAGCCCGAAGCAUAAGAAUUGGGGUUCCAGGCCCUACAAGUGCCCCUCGGAACGAUGCCAACGGGCCGAGUUCUACUCAUUGAGCAAUCUCAUGUAUCAUCUCGAGAACGGCGGGUGUGAGGCGCAUUAUGGAGUCGAGCUGUCCAUGCGAGUCGUUGACCUGGUAGAUGUAGUAGCACUGUUCUGA